AUCGCCUCCCUACUUGAUAGUAGACGGACGGACAUUAUGACGUACGGAUUUCAUGUCACAAUUUCAGAGUUCAGGCUCAGUUCAAGUCAGUUCAGUUGAAACUGCCACGAAGGGCGAAACUUUGAAAGUGGUAGUGGCAGUAUACAAAAACUUUUAAAUUAACACUUAAACUUUAUGAAACUUUGAGUAGUACAAAAUUUUACUAAAAUAACAUUAAUUUCAGAAAUUAAAUUCAUAGUAAAGUAAUUUAAUCACUCACUAACAUGGCUAAAUUGUUAUAUUUGUUUAUGAUGUUGUGUUUCGCUUUCGGAAACUCGGAUAAAGGCGACCUUAAGUUCUACCAAGAAAAAAAUUUCCACGAACCGCACGAUUUUACCGACGACGACAUAAAAGCAAUCGCCAACCUGUCCGAUUUGGAUCACUUUAAGGCUGUACUUAAUGAGAUAUUAAUACCGCGAGUGGUCGGUACACCGAAUCACGAGAAAGUCGGGAACUACAUAGCCAACGAGAUGCGGACCAUGGGCUGGUCAGUGACCGAAAACGUGUUUCCCGAUCACACGCCGGUGUUCGGAACGUUGAAUUUUAAGAAUAUUAUCGCUGAAUUGAAUCCUAACGCGGACAGAUACUUGGUAUUGGCAUGUCAUUAUGACAGUAAAUAUACUAGGGAACAUGUUUUUGUUGGUGCAACUGACUCCGCGGUGCCCUGCGCCAUGCUCUUGAACCUGGCCAAGAUGAUGAAAAAACAGCUGGAGAGGCUGAAGGAUGCCAACCUCAGUCUCAUGUUCAUAUUCUUCGACGGUGAGGAGGCCUUCCGGCAGUGGGGCCCCACUGACUCCAUCUACGGCGCCAGGCAUUUGGCCAAGAAAUGGCACGAAACUCCGUACAGGGAUGGCGCUAAUAACUUGCAGAGAAUGGACGUUAUGGUACUGCUGGAUCUCCUCGGAGCACCGGAUCCGGUGUUCUUCAGUUAUUUCCAAUCGACGGAGAAGUGGUACGUCCGUCUCGCCUCCGCCGAACAGCGCUUAGCCGAAUUAGGAAUGUUCGAUGCGUACACGAGAGGGAAAUCGGAGCAGACCUACUUCAGGCUGAUGAGUUCGGGGGCGGUCAUCGAGGACGAUCACAUUCCAUUCAUGAGACGAAACGUGGACAUCUUGCACGUGAUUCCGUCGCCUUUCCCCAGCGUGUGGCACACGGCGGACGACGACAUGACCGCCCUCGACUUCAACACAAUAGAGAACCUAAAUAAGAUAUUCAGGGUGUUUGUUGCGGAAUACCUCCACGUCACCCCCUAACGGUACGCGAACGAUUUAAAACGUAUUCAAAUCAAUAGAAAUAUUAGUGAACGAAAACAAAAAAAAAUUGUAACUGUAUGAUAUUUCGUAGCGGACCGUAGAGACAAGGCUAGAAGCAGAAACUGGGUUGUCUUGAUAAUAGAUAAUAUUAUAUAGACAUUUUUAUUUUAGUAAUUAAUUAUCGCUUCAUUAUUGCCUUUUAUGUAAUGUGUAACAUUAGAAACGCAAAAUUAUAUAAAACAUGUCUUGUUGUGAUGUGAUUUUUAAUAACAUAUUUAUUGACGUACCGUUUUUGUAGGAAAGCAACUUUUUUUUUUUUUAAUGAUAAUGUUCAAAUUUUUAUUUCUUAGUUAAACUGACGUUACGUUAUUAUCGUGACUGGAGUACGACGUCUGGUACUAAUUUGUUACCGAGGAACGAUAAUUAAAUUUCUAUAGUAAAAGAAACGCCCUGUACAUUAAAGUAAUUUAAAGUAAGCGGUAAUAAUAUCGAUCAAACUUUUAAAUCAUCCUGUAUAUAGAUGGGUGAAAGGCUAUUUGGUUUAAGCGACAUGUUUGUAAUAUUACAGGAGAGCCAUUUAAAGUUCUUUUUUUUCUAAUUUGAAUUCUAAUGAAUUACGUACUCAACAAAUGUUCACUAUUAACUUCCACGGUGAAGGAAUAACAUCGUGUAAUAAAAGUGAAACCCGCAAAAUUAUAAUUUGCGUAAUUACUGGUGGUAGCACUUCUUGUGAGUCCGCGCGAGUAGGUACCACCGCCCUGCCUAUUUCUGCCGUGAAGCAGUAACGCGUUUCGGCUUGAAGGGUGGGACAGCCGUUGUAACUACACUUGAGACCUUGGAACUUACAUCUCAAGGUGGGUGGCGCAUUUACGUUGUAGAUGUCCAUGGGCUCCAGUAACCGCUUAACACCAGGUGGACUGUGAGCUCGUCAACCCAUCUAAGCAAAAAAAAAAGUUUAAAAUUUGGAAAAAAUUAUCAUAACAAUUUCUUCUUUAGCUAUUUGAAUGGAGUAAACUUAAUUGAAGUUCAAUUAAAAACAUCGAACUGUUGAUGCUAAUAUCAGAUAAAACGCACCUUUAAUUACAAAGAUAAAUGUCGCGUGUUAAGCAAAAUGGCGCUUAAGCUAAAUAGCCUUUCUUCGCUCCUCGAUAUAAUAGAGCUUGGUCAAAAGAUUAAGCGAAUUUCAAUUCAUCAUCUUAUUAAUAGUUAAUCUUUUAUGCGCGUUAUAGCUAUAUGUAAUAUUUAUUUUAAGAACGAUCUAGAUUAAUUUAGUUCGGCUUGCUAUUGCGAUGGUUGUCAAAGAAAUUUUUUUUGUUCGGAACUAUCUAAAAUAAAACACGUGCAUUCGUUAAAAUGAGCAUUUUGGCAAGAGAAGCGUCUAAGCUCUAUCACAGACAAAAGUUGUAUCUUUUAUUUUAUGGCAUAGACAAUGAUUUUUAUAUAAACUACCAAUUUCUAAUAUUAUAUUGAAUGGUACCAUAAUCGAUCAUAAAUUUGUGGCCUUUUUUCUAUAGGUCUGUGAUGCCAAUUUUAUUGACCACAUAAAAUUAUAUUACUGAUUUGAAUUAUUUUUACGAAUCAAUCAGCUCAGAUUGAUAUUUAUUUAUGGCUCUCAUCUGUCAUUUUUAAUGGCAGAUUUUGAAAACGAUUGGCAAAUGAAUACUUAUGCAAAGAUUAAAAUGGUCUUUUAUAUAUAUUUAUGAUUCAAACACAUUCCCAUUGGCGAUUUUUUUUUAGUAGACUCUGUGUUCGAAAAUUAUCUUUUUUUUUUAUAGAUAUGUUAAACGAAACCUUCUUCUUCUCUAACUGAUGAUAAAUGAAAAAUAGAAACAAAAUGUGUUUUCGGUUAAUAUUUUUCUAGGUAAAUGCUUAGCUAGAGUGUUUACGGCUAUUUACAAAUCGGAAAGCCCGAUUGUUAUACAGCGGGCGGAUAAGACGUUUAUCCAUCGAGUUAAUAAACGGAUGCUUUCAGGGUCCGGUGUCAGGGCCGGGCGGGAACGCGCCCCAGUUCCAUAAUUUGCUGUACAACUCUGUAUUUCAACUAGUGUAAUUUGAUUGGCUCCUUAUGACAGUAAUACGAUUAAAUGUCAUUCCUUAAGUUCGGCUUCGAUUUGAGAAGUUACAAAAUUAAGAGACAAUGUUUCGCUUCCUUUUUUUAUUUUACAAAAAUCGAUUCUGCCUUUUAUAUCGAUUUGCUCGGAAAUAUUUACGAACAGACUAAAAUCGAUUUUACCUUUUAGAUCGAUUUGCACGAAAAUAUUUGAUUAAAUAUUUACAUACAGACUAAAAUCGAUUUUACCUUUUAAAUCGAUUUGUACGGGCCAAAGAUAACCCAUAAAAUGUUCGAUUGAAUUUUUAAAAAUGGUCCGCGAUGAUCCCCCUUAGUUUAUUGUAACUGGAAGUAUUCAAUGUAAUAUAAUUUUAUAGUAAGGUGACGUAAAAAGCUGUAUUUUACUACAGGCUUUGAAAAUGGUCAAAGCAUUUAUAAUAAGACAUCAGAAAUUGUGAACAUCCGACUUUAUGACUCUCGCGUCGAGCAUUGUUCAACGUUAUUCCACGUGGCAACUAAUAUCUUAGCUUAUGUACUUACGCAUUAUAUUAGUCAUACAUUCCAUUCGUUGAUUAUGUUAGAAACGCCUUUAUAAUAUUAUAUUUUAUUUUAAUAAAUUCUAGCAAGUAAGAGUUGAAUUAUAUUAAUAUUUAUACCUAAACAUUCCUCGCAACUUAUGAUCAUUUGGGAACUCAAAACUUUUAAACUAUAUGAAACUAAUAUAAAAAUAACUGAAUUAAAUGCGAUUUUAAAAAUAUAUGAACGGCAAAACAUAUAUAACGAGAGAUCGCCUUAAUCCCAGUUAUUAAGAAAGUAACUGUGUGUUCAUGAGUGCUCAAGUUUGGCAGCUGAUUAAUAACAAUGAUAUUGUUAAAUAGAUUUUUUUCGGCAUAAAAUCUGCCAAACUGUAACUGCUAAAAAUUGGUGAGCAAUUUAUUUAUUUUUUUAAACGAAUGUUAGCUAAUGUGAGUUAACUUCGUGAGCAACUUGUACCUGGAAAAUAGAUUUUUAACUAUUUUUAUAUAUUUUAAAUUUAACUGACUACUUAUUGGUAGUGUUAUAGUUUUAUAUAGUUAUUAUAUUAUAUAUUGACGCGGUUACAGUUAAACUAUAAAUUAAUUCAACUAGUUUUAGUUAUUAAGGGGAAAAACAUAUUUUUUUUAUAUUAUUUAUUAUUAUAUGUAUUAUAUCUGUAGCGGGUUGGGUACGCCGCUAGUGUUGUCAUCUCCACGAGUGAUGAAAAGGAUAAAUACUUUUGCAAUUAUACUUGCUUUUUUGCAAUUAAAAAGAUAAUUCAAUACUCAAACGAGGUUUUCCUCAAAUUUGGCCUAAAUAUUAUACAUUUGAUUAGCAAAUGCGAUUUGGUUAAAAAUUUUCAUUUGUAAAUUAACAAAUAUGUAUUUAUAUUAUGUAAAAAAAUCCUUUAUGGAUACUAGUUCGUUUUACGAGGCAUAUUGUUACCUAACAAAUAAAACAAAAAUAUUGUUGAUCAUAGACAAAUUUAUUUAACAAAAUAUAUAGAUAUUUAACAUUACUUCGAGGGUAGAAAAAAAAAGAAAAAAAAACGUUGGCUUAUUCGUAUUUUAAGAAAAUUGUUAAAUAUAUUAAAUGAAUAUAAAAGGAAGAAAAAAAA